UCCAGUAAGCAUGACAACGUGCAUCCUUUACGCAUAAAAUCACACAUGUAGAUUCAGCUUGAAUUGUUGAUUGACAGUUAUUUGCGAAACAAAACAUUUCCUGUUCCUUCAUUUAACAAAUUUGUUCUUAAAUUUUAUUACAAUCUUCUUAUAAAAAUGGGGUUUUUGAGUAUUCUAAAAAAAAUGAAACAAAAAGAAAAGGAAAUGCGUAUACUGAUGCUUGGUCUUGAUAAUGCAGGAAAAACGACGAUAUUGAAAAGAUUCAAUGGCGAAGCAAUAGACACAAUAUCACCUACAUUAGGCUUCAACAUAAAGACUUUAGAUCAUCGGGAUUAUAAGCUGAAUAUGUGGGAUGUGGGGGGACAAAAAUCGUUACGAUCAUAUUGGAGAAAUUAUUUUGAAUGCACAGAUGGUCUUGUAUGGGUGGUUGAUUGUGCUGAUAAAAGACGUAUGGAAUCUUGUCGAGAAGAGUUACAUAUUUUAUUAGAAGAAGAACGACUGGCAGGUGCUACAUUAUUAAUUUUAGCAAAUAAACAAGAUUUACCUGGUGCGUUGAGUGCACAUGAAAUAUCUGAGUUUCUCAAUCUUAGUGGUAUAACAACACAUCAUUGGAAUGUUUUUGCCUGCAGUGCUGUUACUGGCAAAAAUUUACUUACUGCAAUCAAUUGGCUCAUUGAUGAUAUAGCUGCUCGAAUAUUUACUUUAGAUUGAUUUUAAUAUUUAUAUUACAUUUUUAUUAUUUAUUGCCUCUGAAAUACGCACUUUGACAGUGCAUUUAGAAGAGGAUAACAUAAUUUGUGUAGCUGUGAAUCAUCUGUGAAUGUGAAACAUGAUACAUAAGUAAACUAUUAUUAUCAUUAUGAUACAUUUUCUUUAAGUUUACAUAUGUUUAGUCAUUUGCCAAUAUAGUAAAAGCUUUUCUUAUUAACUAAAACACGAAUUGUUAUUGAAUAAAAUAUUCUUUUUAUUGAUAAUGCACUGCUAUAUUAACUUCUCAUUGUGUCUAGUA